UUCAUUGAAGAAACUACUAUGGCUGGAAACACGUUCGCAUCAGUACACGAUGAACUCGCAUAUUAUAAAAGUCGAGUUUCAGAGUUGGAAGAAACUUUGAAUCAAACUCAAGCUGAACUUGACGAAGUUCAAACUUCGGCCAGAGAUUUCGAAGAAGAACUUUUGAAAGAACUCGAGCAAUCUGAAAAAAUACACAAAGAAUUGAGAAAUAAAAACGAAACUCUAAAAAAUGAAGUUGAUGAGUGGAAGCAAAAAUAUUAUCAAGCUAAAACCGAAUGUAACGUUACGGCCACUCAAUUGCAAAGGGAGAUUGAUACGUUGCAAAGCAUGAAAGACAAAUUUAUUAUCAAAACACGAGAGUUAGAACUUGAUAACGAUGACCUUGAACGAACAGAAAGAGCUGCAAAGAGUUCAUUGUUGGAUCUAGAAAACAAGUACAAUAAAGCUAUUGAACGAAAUGCGAUCCUUGAAAACGAACUUGAAGGCAAAAAUCAAUUAAUCGUUCAAGUACAAAGACUGAAGGAUGAAUUGAGAGAUGUGAACAUAGAAUUGGCUAUCAUGAAAAAUAGGGAAGAUGGUGAAUAUGGUCCACCACCAACGUCAUCUGCUGCUGCUCGCAUGUCUGCCAAAUACUCACGUUCUACAUUAGGAAAUACAUCCGAUGCAUCAUCGGAUCCAAAUUCGAAUCCCGUCAAGAUGGUACAAGACAUGGUUGGCAGGGUCAAGAGUCUCGAAGCCCGUCUUGUUUCAUGCCGUUCUCUUGUUACACCUCUCCUCGCCCCUCCUCCUUCAUAUUCUUCCUAUUCUACAACAAUGCCUUUACAUACUACGCCACCACAAUCACCAAAACCUUCUAGAGGUGAAUCACCUAUUCGUAAUGUAACAAAACAUCGACGUUCAUCUAUUCAAAAAUCGAAAAACUUUCCAAUCACAUCAAACCCACUGAGUGUUGCG